AUGGGUAUCAAAGGCCUCACUUCGCUGAUUCAGGACGAGGCGCCAGAUGCAAUCAAGGAGCACGACAUCAAGUCCUUCUUUGGGCGAAAGGUGGCCAUCGAUGCGUCGAUGAGCUUGUACCAGUUUCUCAUCGCUGUCAGACAGGGUGAUGGACAGCAGCUCAUGAAUGAGAGCGGUGAGACGACCAGUCACCUCAUGGGCUUCUUCUAUCGGACACUGCGCAUGAUAGACCACGGGAUGAAACCCAUGUACGUCUUCGACGGUCAGCCUCCCGACCUCAAGAAGAAAGUGCUCGAGGCCCGCUUCGGGAAGCGCGAAGAGGCCCGAGAGAACGAGGAAGAAGAGAAGGACGUGGCAGACAAUGAGCGUCUUGACCAGCUUGCACGCAGGCAGGUCCGCCCCACUCGUACCCACAACGACGAGGUCAAACAGCUCCUCGGCCUCAUGGGUAUCCCCUGCGUUACCUCCCCCUCCGAAGCUGAAGCUCAGUGCGCCGAGCUCUGCCGGGCAGGCAAGGUCUAUGCGGCCGGAUCGGAGGACAUGGACACCUUGACUUUUGCUAGCCCUCUGCUCCUCAAGCACCUCACCUUCAGCGAGCAAAAGAAGAUGCCAGUCCACGAGGUAGAUCUCAAGAAGACGCUCGAGGGGCUUGGCCUUACCAUGGACCAAUUCAUUGACCUGUGCAUCCUGCUCGGCUGCGACUACAUGGAGCCUGUAAAGGGCAUCGGUCCAAAGACGGCCUUCAAGCUGGUCAAGGAUUAUGGCACCAUCGAAGCAAUCCGUGAGCAUCUCGAGGAGCGUGAGAAGGAGAAGGCGGCUGAGGCCGAAAAGAAGGGCAAGGACAGACCGCGUGGCGUGGUAUUCCCUGAGAUCUGGCCUUUUGAAGAGGCGCGCAAGAUCUUCAAGAACCCAGGCGUAGUCAAGGCAGACGAUAUGGAGCUCAAAUGGGAGCAUCCGGAUGUCGAGGGACUCGUCAAGUUCCUGUGCACCGACAAGGGGUUCAGUGAGGAUCGGGUUCGUAAGGGCGCUGAGAAGUUGACGAAGGCAUUGGGCCAGAAGCAGCAGGGCAGACUGGACGGCUUCUUCAAGGUUGCAGCGCCUGCUAAGCGUAAGGCUGAGGACGAAGGGUCGAGCAAGGGAGCAAAGGGGGUCAAGGGAGGCAAGGGCGGUGACAAGGCGGGCGCCAAGAAGAAGAAAUGA